GAUGCAUUGCGACCGCACCCGGAAAUGGAAGCCGAAUCAGCUGACUCGGUUGUGUGUUUCUGAGCAGUUUGGCGCUUCAAAGCUGUAUUUAUUUAGUCCCGUAACAUUUAGUGAGUGUGUCCGUGCAGGUGUGUUACGGUAGCUGUUAGCAUGUUGCGGCCGAAGGCGCUGACGCAGGUCCUCAGCCAGGCGAACACCAACGGAGUCCAGAGCACUCUCUUGCUGAAUAAUGAAGGCUCCCUCCUGGCCUACUCUGGCUACGGGGACACCGACGCUCGAGUCACAGCUGCUAUCGCCAGCAACAUCUGGGCAGCUUACGACAAGAACGGCCACCAAGCCUUUAAUGAGGACAAGCUCAAAUUCAUUCUCAUGGACUGUAUGGAGGGAAGAGUGGCCAUCACCCGUGUAGCCAACCUGCUGCUGUGUAUGUACGCCAAAGAAACCGUGGGCUUCGGCAUGCUUAAAGCCAAGGCAGAAGCGCUGGUGCAGUAUCUGGAGGAACCUUUAACUCAAGUGGCUGCAUCAUAGUGGAAACGUGACUCACGCUCUUCUGGAUGCUUUUGUCAUGUGAUCAAAGUCACACAUGGACUACUGUACCAUUCUGCUUCUUCACUAAGUGUGUGUGUGUGUGUGUGUGUGUGUGUGUGUGUGUGUGGUAACUCCUCUCCCUCCUUGUGAAUAUGUCCCCUUCUCCUGUCAGCUGAGUGAUUCCAUUAUCAGACGCUCUCUCGGUCCGUCCUCUGACGCGCUGAUCGCAGAUCCACAGAAAUGGGAACAUUUUGAAUCCCGUCAGGAAAAAAAAAAGGUGGAUGGAAACUUUCUGUACAGUGAGAUGAAGUUAAGAACAUUUGUUUUACUUCAGAGGUGUUAAAUAAUAAAAAAAUGGUAUUAAAUUCA